GCCGGGCCUCCGACAACAUCUGCCAGCUGAAGGCGGUGAGCCGCAAGGCGCUGCAGCACGGCCUGCCCGCCGUCGCCCAGGUCCAGAAGGGAGCCUGUGAAUCGGGUCACCUACAGUCCAGCAGCCCAAGAUACAAAUUCAACUUCAUAGCAGAUGUGGUGGAAAAGAUUGCACCUGCAGUUGUCCACAUUGAACUUUUCCUCAGGCACCCUCUCUUUGGUCGAAAUGUUCCACUUUCCAGUGGAUCUGGAUUUAUUAUGUCUGAUUCUGGUUUAAUUGUGACCAAUGCCCAUGUGGUGUCAAGCACCAAUGCUGUAUCAGGGAGACAACAGUUGAAAGUGCAGCUACAGAAUGGAGAUACCUAUGAAGCAACCAUCAGAGACAUUGACAAGAAAUCUGACAUUGCAACAAUAAAGAUUCACCCUAAGAAAAAGCUACCAGUGUUGUUACUGGGACACUCUGCUGAUCUGAGGCCAGGAGAAUUCGUGGUGGCAAUUGGAAGUCCCUUUGCCUUGCAGAACACUGUGACAACAGGUAUUGUCAGCACUGCUCAGAGAGAUGGCAAAGAACUUGGCCUGCGGGACUCGGAUAUGGAUUAUGUUCAAACAGAUGCUAUUAUCAAUUAUGGCAACUCUGGAGGACCUCUAGUUAAUCUGGAUGGUGAAGUUAUUGGGAUUAACACCUUGAAGGUCACAGCUGGAAUUUCUUUUGCUAUUCCUUCAGACCGCAUCACUCAGUUUCUCACCGAGUCGCAUGACAAGCAGAGUAAAGAUGGGAAGAAACGUUACAUUGGCAUCAGAAUGCUGACAAUAACACCUGCCUUGGUGGAAGAAUUGAAACAUAAUAACGCAGAUUUUCCUGAUGUCAGAAGUGGAAUUUAUGUACAUGAAGUUGUUCCAAACUCACCUUCUCAUAGAGGAGGGAUCCAAGAUGGAGAUAUCAUUGUUAAAGUCAAUGGACGUCCUUUGCUGACUUCCAGUGACCUGCAGGAGGCCGUGAUGAAUGAAUCACCUCUGCUACUUGAAGUUCGAAGAGGAAAUGAUGAUUUAUUAUUUAACAUUGAGCCUGAAGUUGUCAUGUAAAUAGAAUUGAGGAAGCUCUCACCAUAAUUACACUCACUUACUCUGGAACACUAGAUACCUCCUUUACAGCUACAGUAAUUAUACUUCCUGUUGACUAAUGACAAGGUGGACUAACUUAAUUGCCUGAGCCAUUUCUGUACAUAGUAGCUAGAAUGAAUUCAAUUAUGCCAUUUAGAGAAGAUGUAACUUUCAAACAGAUUUAAGAACCACGUUCUGGGGAGAAGGAGGAGGAAAAUAAAUUUUGGGUAGCUGGUAAAAAAUGGGGUCCACUUCCAAUUUCUGCAGGUUCAGGGCAGAUACAGUUCUGCAUUUUGAAAGGCCAAAAUGCUACUGGAAGUGAGGUAGCAUGCUGAAAGGGGAACCUGUUCUUAAACUACAGUCACGGCUGCAGCAGAACCUAGCUAUUGCAAUGCACAACUGAGCGUUGUUGGGUUUUUUUAUGUAACCUUUUCAAUGUGAAACUAGUAUUGGCAAAGCUUGUAGUUGUUCUUAGUGCUCCUAUGCUACAUGUCAGUGCAGGUAGAUUAAAUCUGUAAAUAUGGAAAGGAACACAAAUGGUAUCAGGCUAUAGAGUGUUACACCUAGGUCAUGCAAUUUUGGAAUAUAGUAAAUGAUUCUUAUAGAAUUAAUGCCUUAUAUGUAAAUCAAAACGAUGUGCUGAACAAAGUUAAGUUUGAUAAAGUGCACAAUUUUUUAAGAAUUUCAUACAAAUUAGUUUUGCAUUUUACUGAUAAGCUUUGCUGUAAAAUUGUUAUACUACUUUUGGCUUGUACUUUGUAUGUUUCUACUGUAAGGAGAUUAAAGUUUACACAAAUAAUGUUUUGGU